ACCCACCUCUCCCCUUGGGAACAUCGUGAAAGGCAUGAGAGAACUCCGGGAGGUCCUACGCACUGUGGAGACCAAAGCAACUCAGAACUUCAAAGUGAUGGCAGCCAAGCACCUGGCAGGGGUCCUGCUGCACUCCCUGAGUGAGGAAUGCUACUGGAGCCCCCUGUCCCACCCUCUGCCCGAGUUCAUGAGCAAGGAGGAGAAUUCCUUCAUCACACAGGCCCUGCGGAAACCUCAACUCUACGAAGGAGACAACCUCCACUGCCCGAAGGAUAACAUUGAGGAAGCCCUGCUGCUGCUGCUUAUCAGCGAAUCCAUGGCUACUCGGGAUGUGGUGCUGAGCCGGGCACCGGAGCAGGAGGAGGACCGGGCAGUGAGCUUGCGGAACGCUGCGGCCAUCUACGACCUCCUGAGCAUCACGCUGGGCAGGAGGGGCCAGUACGUCAUGCUCUCCGAGUGCCUGGAGCGAGCCAUGAAGUUUGCGUUUGGAGAAUUUCACCUUUGGUACCAAGUGGCCCUCUCCAUGGUGGCUUGUGGGAAGUCAUCCUAUGCCGUGUCGCUGCUGCGGGAGUGCGUGAAGCUGCGGCCCUCGGACCCCACGGUGCCCCUGAUGGCCGCCAAGCUCUGCAUAGGGUCCCUGCACUGGCUGAAGGAGGCACAGUGCUUCGCCAUGAUGGUGAUCCAGCUCGGAGAGGAAGCCGGGGAGUUCCUCUCCAAGGGCUACCUGGCACUGGGUCUCACCUACAGCCUGCAGGCCACCGACGCGACUCUGAAAUCCAAGCAAGAUGAAUUGCACCGGAAAGCACUGCAGACGCUGGAGAGAGCCCAGCAGCUGGCGCCCGAUGACCCCCAGGUCAUCCUCUAUGUCUCCCUGCAGCUGGCCCUCGUCCGCCAGAUCUCCAGCGCCAUGGAGCAGCUGCAGGAGGCCCUGAAAGUGUGCAAGGACGAUGCCAAUGCCCUCCACCUGCUGGCGCUCCUUUUCUCCGCCCAGAAACACUAUCAGCAUGCCCUGGACGUCAUCAACAUGGCCAUCACAGAGUAUCCCGAGAACUUCAACCUGAUGUUCACCAAGGUGAAGCUGGAGCAGAUACUGAAAGGCCCAGAGGAAGCCCUUGUGACCUGCAGACAGAUGCUGCGGCUGUGGCAGACCCUGUACAGCUUCUCCCAGCUGGGAGGCCUGGAAAAGGAUGGCAGCCUCGGCGAGGGCCUCACACUGAAGAAGCAGAGUGGCAUGCACUUGACUCUGCCCGAUGCCCACGAUGCAGACUCCGGUUCUCAGCGGGCAUCGUCCAUCGCAGCCUCCCGAUUGGAGGAGGCCAUGUCGGAGCUGACCGUGCCCAGCUCGGUUCUGAAGCAGGGCCCCAUGCAGCUGUGGACCACGCUGGAACAGAUCUGGCUCCAGGCUGCCGAGCUGUUCAUGGAACAGCAGCACCUCAAGGAAGCAGGCUUCUGCAUCCAGGAGGCAGUGGGCCUCUUCCCCACAUCACACUCGGUACUCUACAUGCGGGGCCGGCUGGCCGAGAUGAAGGGCAGCUUGGAGGAGGCCAAGCAGCUGUACAAGGAGGCGCUCACGGUGAACCCCGACGGCGUGCGCAUCAUGCAUAGCCUGGGUGUGAUGCUGAGUCAGCUGGGCCAUAAGAGCCUGGCCCAGAAGGUGCUACGGGACGCCGUGGAGAGGCAGAGCACCUGCCACGAGGCAUGGCAGGGCCUGGGCGAGGUGCUGCAGGCCCAGGGCCAGAGCGAGGCCGCCGUCGACUGCUUUCUCACCGCCCUCGAACUGGAGGCCAGCAGCCCAGUGCUGCCCUUCUCCAUCAUCCCCAGAGAGCUCUGACACGGCCUCCUCGCAGCUUCUGGGAGGGAGGGAGCUGCCCAGUGGGCAGGCGGGCAGCAGGGAGCGUGGGUCAGGGGAGGAACGGGGCCUCAGGGAGAUACAUCUCUAGGGAACAUGUCUGCAGGCUGCAGCCCUAGUUCUCCUCACCUCCCCCCCACCCCACCCCUGCUUUCCCUCCAGGGCCAGCUGGGACUGGGAGCUGCUCAUCUGGAGCAGGGUGGACCAGAUCUGCAUCAAAAACAAAUCCCUUGUUCCUUGGAACUCAGACUUCGUGGAGUUUAUGAGCAAGGAAGUAGCUGGGAGGCCACAUCGACACGGGGGAUGCUCCCCAGUGUAUCUGUGCAUCGUCUAAAUGCGCAGUAGGGGUCUGUGAGGCUUGGGUACCUCCCCCCACCUGUCUAAAAGCCCCUGUACUGUACCUGCUACCCUCCUUCAAUAUCUCUGACCCCGGAUUUUCCAGCUUUGCACAAGCUUUAGUCUCGAACCUCAGCUCUCUGCUCCCCACGCCAAAGAUGAGCUGCCCUUUGGCUGGGCCGAGAGGGUUCUCCUGGGUUCCUUCCUCGGCCCCUCGGGAGGCAGUCUGCUUGAACCCUAAGUGACUUAGAGUCAUGGUGACUGGACUUGUUCCCCAACAGCGCUAGUGGGGGAGCCUCACAGCUGUACUUCACCACCUGCCCUCACCAGGCCUCGGUGCCUGGGGGAGGAGCCCCAUGGCCCUGGCCUCACACCCCACUCUCAGGUCGUGCCCAGGGCAGUCAUGGCUUGAAGAAUCUGCUGGCAAGUGGGAAGAGGAUGGACCUCUGGGUCCUCUCCCAGGUUUAAGUGACUGGACAGUGCCUGGCCCUGCCCCUCUUUGCUUGAGCCCCGCCUAUAAUCUUCCCCUCUGUUGCCUUUGGGGCCUCUGGUGUCUGGCCAGGGGCACUGAGUUCUGGCCCUAACUAAACUUCCAUUUCUGCCCGCCUCCACCUCUCUAGAAACAGGCCUCAGCCACCUCCUCAGGCCCUGGGCUGUAGCCCCUAGGAUACAAACAUGGCCGCUGGGCCCAGCCCUUCCUUGCAUCAACACCUCAUUCCUUCAAGCCUUACCUUUCUGGGCAAUGGGUACAGUGUAGAUCCCUCUAGGGGUUAUAAUGUGGAGACUGGCAAUCUCUAGGACUGCCCUUAACACCGCUCACCAUUCACAGCCCAUUUUCACCUCAAGCUCUCUUGGGUGACCCAAGCCCUGCCUGGCCAUUUGGUUCCCCCUGCCUGGGGCCAAACAGGGACUGUAAUUAGAGACCCAAGGAAGGGCAGGAGCCUAGCCCCUCCCUGGUUGUGCAGGCCUCUGUGUAUGUGACACCCGUCUCUACCGGCGUCCCGGGGGUGCUGGUGGGUAGGUGUCUUCCCUGCUGGCUCCCCUAGCCCUGCUGCGUGAUGCUCUUGGAACUCUCCCCAGGAAGGCAGCCCCCACGGGCCUAUCAGGGAACUCCUUUCUUAUCUGCACUUUGGGUUUCAGUUUUAAAGCCCCGUGUGGUACAUCUCUCACUUGAAGGUGUGUGGAAAGGUCAGGUGAGGGCUGCCCUGGCUCGUCAGAGCCAGGUCUGUUCCUCGGAGGCGAGGCGAGAGGCUGUUGGAGACCCACCCUCCUCCCAGCCCUGGCUCAGCACUACACACCCCCAGGUGCUCCCAGGGAGAGCCUGUGCCUCUAGCCUUCCCAUUGCCAGGCCAAGGGACACUGUAAGGACACCAGAUCCUUCAUCCCGCCUGGUUGAAGGAUCUCUAUAUGUGUAUGUAUGUGUAUAAAUAUAUAUAUAUAUAUAUGAUAGAGAUCUAUUUUUAUUCUGGAAUUCUGUUAGAAAAAAAAUAAGAAAAAGCAAAUGCUGUUGGUUUACAUUGGGAUGCCCGAAGCUGUUGGUAGUGAGUCCUUGGUAAUAGGAAAGGCAAAGGCAACAAAUGCAUUUUGACUUGAAGCAUUCCUUAUAGGAAGCCUCAGCGGGGCCGGGCCGGGCAAGUUGCUUGACAAUUCAAAACAAAGGUCUUGAAUAAAGAGGCCCAUGAAGGGAAAGCAGGUGUGUGUGAAGCAGUGUGUUCAUUUAUCUACCAGGUGCCCAUGGGACAGGCCUUGAGGGAGCCCUGGAG